AUGUGUCAAGUUGAAAUGCUGAGAGCGUUGCUGAGUCAGCGACUCAGUGCGGCCGUGGAAGAAAUAUUUGGAGUGUUUGAAAGAACGAUAGCAGAGUACGAGGAGGAACUUUCUCGGACAAAGGAGGAGAACGAGCGACAACGCCAACUUCUGGACACCGUUUUCAAGAAGGCUCAAGAUGAAUUGCACAGAGAAGAUGCAGGAACAAGAGAAGGCGUUGACGGGAUCAAGGAACUAGAGCCCCUACACGUUAAAGAAGAAGUGGAGGAGGGUGAUAUCACUAAGUUGUCAGUGAGUCAAAUCACUUUGAAGAGUGAAAAUAAUGAAGACAAAGGGCAAAGUGAGCUGCACAAACAGGAUGAGACUCUGAGCAGCAGUUCAAGUCAAGCCAUGCAGACAAAAGGUGAUGGAGACCACUGCAAAGGAUCACAAGUAGAAAGCCUCCUUGCGCCACUUUCACAUUGUGAUGACAUGAUGUCACACUCUCCUUACACUGAUGAUGAACACUCCAAAUGUGAUUUGGUAUGUCACAAUGACAACAAACAUGUGAAAUGCUCACAGUGUGACAAACAAUUUUAUGACAAGUCAAAUUUAAACCGACACAUGAGGGUCCACACAGGAGAGAAACCCUUCACAUGCAUAAUUUGUGGCAAAUGUUUUAACCUGAAGGACUCUCUCGUCCGACACACGAGGAUCCACACGGGAGAGAAACCAUUUAGCUGCUCAGUGUGUGGGAAAAGAUUUUCAAUUAAAGGAACUUUGAAUAUACAUGCACGAACGCACACUGGGGAGAAACCAUACCACUGCUCAGUAUGCAAUGCAAGUUUUAGUUGUCAUUCCGGACUUGGUCAACACAUGAGAAGACACACUCGCAGAAAAGCUUUUGUGACGUCACCACCUUCAACAUCUAUGAUGAAAGAGGCAGGGCCAUGAAGCUGUUCAUCUUUUCCGUGUGUGUGUGUGUGUGUGUGUGUGCGCGCGUGUGUGUGUGUGUGUUACACACACACAAAAACAUCCAUACUUAAUCAGUGAACAAUUAUCACAUUAAGCUGUGCUCUGCAUUGAGAGCAAGGUUCUGGUACAGAUCCAAAAAACAGAUGUAUUUACUUGAAAGACAGGUUAUGUUACACCAAAAGGAGACACUAGUGACUAUGUUUGCAUGCAGUCUCGAAUACAGUGGUUUCUCCGUGAUCUUGUGUUAUUUUCGGUCUUUAUGGCAAACAAUGCCACCAUGUAUGGCAUACGGAUGUACCAAGCUACAAAUACAUUUCAUCGCUAAUGAUGCAAUUUAAAUAAUUCUCUUAUAAUGUAGUAUAUAUCUGCGUGUAAGUUAAAUAUUUGUGUGCAACAAGUUGUCAGAGCCAUCAGCAAUGAAAUUAAAGCAAAGACCAUCAGGAAAGAAUCACUGCCAAAUGGAAACCUAACUUCUGGUUCUCACGAUUCACGAUCUCGAGGUAAUAUUCUCUGAAUGGUUGAUGCAAACAGUGAAAUCUGGUCUUUGAGAGGCUCCUUUGUGUCAUUUCUUCCAAAAGGAGUUCUAGCGUAAAGCACGCACUUAUAACAAUGCUUUAAGAGAAGAAAAGGUUGUUCGAAACUGUGGCAACGUAAGAUGGCUGCCCUCUGGGUUCAGCCGCGACCGGACCAUUGACAGUCUAUUCAUAUACUAUAUGUCCGUGAUGGGCGG